AUGGCCCUCUUCCAAACCCUAAAGCCUCUGCUUUCUUCAGCAGCCAUAGCCCUGUUCGUCAUUCUGGCAAUGACGAACAAGGCCUACUCUCAGAGCGAUUCAACUUCCUUCACAUACAACUUCAACGGCAACCCACCCACAACCCUAACCUACCAAGGCGACGCCUUCUUCCCACCUGACUCAACCUUCCUCCACCUCACAAAGACCGACGGCUCGGGGGUCCCGCAAACUAGCACUAUCGGCCGAGCCCUGUACACGAACCCGAUACUGUUCCGCGCACAAGGGGCAGUAGCGUCAUUUGAGACCACCAUAAACUUCCAGAUCACCUCUAAGUCGGGCGACAACAACCCGGCCGACGGGCUCGUGUUCUUCAUAGCCCCCGUGGGCUCCACCAUCCCUGCUGGCGGCGGCGGGAGCAACUUCGGCGUGUACAGCACUUCGGGGCUGGCUCCCAACGUGUUCGCCGUGGAAUUCGACGUGUACGUGAACUCGGAGUGGGACCCGAACUUCCGCCACAUUGGGAUCAACCUCGGCUCGAGGACUUCUAGAAAUUUGACGUCGUUUGAGGGCACCGACGGGCAGCGGGUGAGUGCCCGGAUAAACUACGAGGCGGCGACUAGAGUGAUCACCGUCGACGCCUCCGCAGCAGCGGGCAAUUUCGGGGUCAGCUUGGUGUCCGACUUGGGCGCUUUGCUCCCCGAGCAAGUUCAAGUCGGGCUCGCUGCCUCGAGCGGGCUGCUCGUCGCCGUCCACGACGUCGUUUCGUGGUCUUUCAGCUCCACCAUCGUCCGUUAA